AUGUUGGAUGGGGCUAGCGUCGUGAAUGGCUUUCUAGAGAAGAUCCUUCGCAAGUGCUCGCAAGAGUUGCGUGGGGUCAAUCGAAGUCAGGUGAAUAUCUACGACCCUCGCGUACCGGAGGAAGACAAGAAACCUCUACGGCUGGCAACUCCACUGGAUGGCCUUGGAGUAAAACUGGAGGAAGCUCUAAUUGUGCAAGUGGAGCUGAACGCGCCGAUCUUUGUUAACCAGAUUUAUCUGCACGGCCUGAGCACGGACUCGCCCCACCUCGAGCGCGAAGAACUUAUGGAAAGAGUGUACACGAGUUUGUGGGCGGAUAACAACCGAUUCGUCCUCUUAUCAGCGCCUCCAGCCCCGGGAAAGUCCUCGCUGUUGAUCCUGUUUGCUCAUCGGUACACCCACUUGAACUGCAUGUAUGUCAUCGUGGCUGCCGGACAACGUCCGCUUUAUCAUCUCUGCUGGGACCACGCGAAGAUCUGGAGUCGAGAGCCCCAAGGAGUUUCGAACUCUCGUGACGUUUGGAAGACGUGA